AUGAAGGAGGCACAAGUCUAUGUUAAGGCCGAGUUACUCAAGUAUGCUACAUUAAUCGACCUUCCUGGCAGUGGUGACGAUGAUCCAGCUCGACGUGAGCGUUACAUUGAAUACAUGAAGUCGAGCACAGCUCUUUGUAUUUUCACACCCGCUGUGCGAGCCAACUCAAAUGCCUGCUAUCAAGAUUUGAUCAAACGAGCAAUUGGUGAAUUUCAGUAUGACGGGCGUUUGAAUCGCAUCGUGCUUGUAUGCACAAAGGCGGAUAACUGUGAUGAGAACGAGAUCCAUGAUGACAUGGAUCUGCCUGAAGUCAGAGCAGCCCGGAAGGCAAAAGUCAUAGCCGAUGGUGAGUAUCGUGCUAAGAUCGACGCAAUUGAGGAAGAUCGGAAACAGCUCGAAGAUUACAUAAAAAAAGCUCAUGACUGUCGUCUCGCUGCCAUUGAGUGGCAGAAGAGGAAGGUCAGCCUUCCAAAACUCAAGAGGCCACCAAAGACUCCAUGUUCACCUAUCGACGACAUCAUUCGGCCGCUGCUCACCGCACCACUCGAUGCAGCCUCAUGUGUGAUAGCCAAAACAAAGUGCACCGAAGAGGCAGCGCGACUGGCUGAGAUUUGUAUCAGUCUUCGCAGCUCCAUCAACGUGCAAAGGUAUGAGGCGAAGGAAUCGGAAUCGAGACGCGACUCGCUGCUUCUCGAGUACAAUCGAAUUGCUAUUGCAGCACGUUCCAGGUAUCUGAAGGCGAAACAAAUCGAGAAGUUCAUGGACCUGGUCGUGGAGAGACUGUUGGCAGCAGCAGAGGCUGACAGAGCAACACGAGGAAAAUAUGAAACCGUUGUGCCGAUUGAGGAAAUCCAAGCCGAAGACGUUCCUGUCUUCUGCACUUCCGCAGCGGAAUACAAGGCUUUGGCAAUGCCUAAUCCUGGAGAUUCGAAGGAGAGAACCAUCAAGAAUAAGGAAGACACGGAUGUGCCUUCUCUACAACGACAUCUUGCCAUUACUGCUCUUCGAUCAAGACAGAAUCUACUUAAAGAGCUAAAGCUCAGAUUGGAGUUGGCACACACUUCCCUCGCAGAAGCAAUAUCUAGCCGGCUAGAUGCGCUCCCUUGCGACAUCAAGGUCGCCGAUCUUAAUAUCAGUGACUUCCGGUGCCGACUCCGCAAUUUUGUCUACUCUGUCCAGGCUGCUGUGAAAGCUGUUCGUAGUGGAGUGGAUGCCAGUUAUAGACGACAAUUCAAUAUUCCAUUCGGUCAAAUUGAGAUCCAAGUACGAAAGCAGACUUACGAGGAGAUGCACCUAUAUGCUGAAACGCCGAAACCAGAUGAGCCCAAUAAACAGCGAUUAUACUGGCAAGAGUACAAGGCUGUUUGUCGAAAUCAGGGUUUCUGGAAAGGGAAACGAAAGAGAGAAAUUGCUUCUAAUCGUCUUAUAACUGAUAUCAUACAAUUAUGCUUAGAGAAUAAGCUUAAAUUCCUCUUCUCGCAAGAAACGUAG